UCUUCCCCUUCCUAAGUCCUAUCUCUCUUCCCGCCUCUCCUACUUCAUUCGUUUCUUGGCGCUCGGUGAAGCCACAGGCAAAAUGGAAAACAAAGAAGAUCGUGUUAGACAAAAGAUGGAGGAAUUACGUCAGGCGGAGAAGCUGAUGAACAGAGUUUACGGCGAACUUGACGCCUUACAGAAAGAAGAGGAGAUACUCACAUAUGAGGAUGUUUUGCGUUUGGAAAACAAGGAGAAUGAGGAAAGAGAGGAUGGUGAGCUACUAGAAAGAGAGAUCAAGAUGGCCGACAAUGAGCCGAUUGAGGAGGAGACAAUGGCGGCCUUAGGAGAAAAUCCUAUUAGUGAGAAUAACAAAGAAUUCCUUAUUAUUAAAACUGUAGCCGACAGGUUAAAAGUGUGGUCAUCAAAAGGCAUUUCUAAUAAAGAGGAGAAAUUAAAAUUAAUAUCUAAAAUACCUAGAAGAAAUAAUGAAAUAAACCUCGAGGCCCCAAAACUUAAUGAAGAGAUCGCAGUAAACCUUACUCAGAAGGCACUGACUAAAGAUGGCUUUUUCAGAGAGUAUCAAGAACUCGCAGGGGCGUCUUUGGCUGCAGCCGCAACGGCUUUGAGUAUGAUCAUUAACGAUAGAGUUGAGCCUUUAGAAAGAGACAACCUACUCGAGAAUCUAGGAGGUGCAGUUAAACUAAUGAGUGAUCUGUUUUAUCAACUCUCAAAUGCCAGAAAACUUUUUAUUAUGGGUCGAUACAAUGAAAAUAUUCAGAGAAUUGCAAAGAAUAGAGAAUCGACUUCCUUACUUUUCGGGGACGAGUUCAAAACGGUUUUGGAAAACGCCAAAGCAAUGGAAAGAGCCGUACAGGAGUUGAAGCCAAAGAACACCUAUAACAGACCUCCUUUCAGCAGCUAUAACAACAACGCUAAGAAUUCUUUAAACUGGAGAAGCUCCCCCUUCAACCGUGGGAGCAGGGGGAGCUACAAGAAUCAGUACCAGAAUCAUCGGUCAGGCUCAAACACGCACAGCAGCACCUACACGUCCAGUCGCAGAUCAGAGCCAACGAAAAGAUUCUACAAUCAAUCCCAACCUUACCAACACCGGAGGAGAUAGGAAUAACACAGGAGCAGAACUCAUCCAUUGGCCUCGGAGCUUACCCUGGUGUCAGGGAUACUGUCAGGCAGAGUUUUAAGAAAAAGGACCUGGAGGAGGCGACAAUAGAGAUCAUGUUAUCAUCAGUGGCCAACAGCACAAUGAAGC